AUGACGCCGGGAUCAAUUUUCGGUGUUUUCUGGGCAGUACAAGUUGGCACUCGAAGAUUGGGUGAGAGUCACUCUCAGCUGGGAGCGAUUAUCAGUGCGAAACUAGCUAUUGCUGAUAUUUUUGCUAUUAUUGACAGAACGCCAGAAAUAGAUUGUACACAAGAGGGUGGCUUCAGCAAAGAAAAAGUUCAAGGAGUAAUAAGCUUUAAUAACGUCCACUUUUCAUAUCCCUCACGACCUUCAGUGGAAGUACUCAAAGAUGUCAGCUUUGAAAUAAAACGUGGAGAAAGCAUCGCAUUAGUUGGACACUCCGGAUGCGGAAAAUCUACUAUUGUUUCACUGCUACUGCGGUACUACGAGCAGAAUUCUGGAAUGGUAAAUAGGUACACUGAGUACAAAAUCAUUUAA